AUGGUGAAGAUAUGGUUCCAGAACCGUCGCAGCAAAUACAAGAAAAUGAUGAAGGCGGCUCAAGUGGGGGCGCCCCCGCCAAGCCUCGGUCUGCCGCCUGGCAGCCCGCCGAACAACAACCAAUUGCUGCACGGAGGCGGUGGCAGCUCAAGCGGCUCCCAGCAUUCGCCAUCGGCAUACCAGAGCGGGGGGCCGACGCAGGGCCACUCACCCACCCCUAGCUCUACGCCGGUCUCAGAACUCUCCCCCGGGCUCUCCCCGACGGGGACGCCGUGGGACGUAAAACAACCGCCGCAACCCUCCUGGGACGUGAAGGUUGGAUAUCCGACUGCGGGUAGAUCGCCGGAGACGUCUUGCGAUGUGAAGCCACCGCAUCAGCAGUCAUGGGACCCGAGGGUCGGAUAUGGCGCGCCGCCCGGCCCUUGGGAUAUGAAGGGCGCGCACGCCGCCCACGCCCUCCACCACCAGGGGGCGCCGCAGCCGCACCCGCCCUACGUGCCGCAGUACUCCUGGUACCAGGCGGAAGCGAACCCCGGGCUCCUGACGGUUUGGCCCGCAGUG